AUCUCACACCAUUUAUUCUCACUCUCAAAACUGAAUCUGAAGUUGAAGGCUGAGGGAAAAUGGCCCAUUACUAUGGCGACUAUGGAAAGAAUGAUGAAGUGGAAUUUGUCAGAACUGGCUAUGGAAAAGAUAUGGUCAAGGUUCUCUAUAUUCAGAGGGAUGGAAAAUACCACAGCAUCAAAGAGGUGGCGACUUCGGUGCAGCUGACCCUGAGAUCCAAGAAGGAUUACCUCCACGGUGAUAACUCUGACAUCAUUCCAACAGACACCAUCAAGAACACAGUGCAUGUCCUGGCGAAGCUCAAAGGGAUAAAAAGCAUAGAGACCUUUGCUAUGAACAUCUGCGAGCACUUCCUUUCUUCUUUUAACCAUGUCACCAGAGCCCAUGUCUACGUGGAAGAGACCCCCUGGAAACGCUUUGAGAAGAACGGAAUCAAGCACGUCCAUGCCUUCAUCCACACCCCUACGGGAACACACUUCUGUGAAGUGGAGCAGAUGAGGAACGGACCUCCAGUUAUUCACUCUGGAAUCAAGGACCUCAAGGUCUUGAAAACAACCCAGUCCGGAUUUGAAGGGUUCCUCAAGGACCAGUUCACCACUCUCCCAGAGGUGAAGGACCGCUGCUUCGCCACGCAAGUGUACUGCAAGUGGCGCUACCAGAGGCGGGAUGUGGACUUCGAGGCUGUCUGGGGCACUGUCCGGGACAUAGUCCUGAAGAAGUUUGCUGGGCCCUAUGACAAAGGCGAAUACUCACCAUCGGUGCAGAAGACCCUCUAUGACAUACAAGUGCUGUCCCUGAACCAGGUGCCUGAGAUUGAAGAUAUGGAGAUCAGCCUGCCAAACAUUCACUACUUUAACAUCGACAUGUCCAAAAUGGGGCUGAUCAACAAGGAAGAGGUUUUGCUGCCUCUCGACAAUCCCUAUGGCAAAAUUACUGGGACAGUCAAGAGGAAGCUGUCUUCAAGGCUGUGACAUUAUGGCUCCACUCAGUUGUAAUGCUGAGGAGUACUGUGUGGUUACCUGCAAAAGAUAUCAACUUGGGAUACUGAUUGCUUCCUUCUGUAUGAAAUCAUUGCUUUCUUUGUUCCUAGUUCAACAAGGCAUUUUGGGGAUGCCUGUAUUAGCAGGUCCAACAUGCUCCAUGGCUUUGGGCAGUUCAUUAAAAAUUACUGGGCAGUGUUAGAAUCACAAGUGAGAUUUCUCCUUGGUGCUCUUGCGUCCCCUGCCUUAGAAUCAGUCUUUUGAAUUAGACCAUAAGAAAAUAAUGAUGAAGUAGUGUUGCUGCUACAUUGAUUAAUUUGAACACAAGUUCAAGAAGCAAACACUGUUGUCAUCUUAGUGAUAAGUCUGGGUAGUGCUGAAAAUAUAACAAAAUCUUGAAAAAAAAUCACCAUAGUGACUUCAACUGAUGGAAUAUUUGUGUUUUUAAAAAGCCCUGGCAUUUAGACAAUAGCUCAGUGUGGAGGAGAGAAGGUGGGCCUGAAACUCCAACCCUAGCUGAGGAGUUAUUGGCAUUUGAUUGCUGCUGGAAGAGAAGGAAAGUCAGUUUUGUUUAAGAGUGUGGCGCAUGGUAUGUCAAUCGUACUGUCGGGCAGCAGCCUCCACGCCUAGACGCAGUCAGCUUAACUGCCUUCAGUGGGACAGAGAGAAAGAACAUGCAGUUUGGUGGGUGAGGAAGACCUGGGAAGACCUGGGAUGUGAGGCGAAUAUGAUCAAAAUAAAUUGUAUAAAAUUAUCAAAUAAAUAAAAACAUUAUUUAAAAAACUAAACAUAGCACUUUUAGGUUCCUCUACCAGUUAGCAUGAAUAAAGACAAGAACAUUUCUAGUGUCUUCUAAAUAAAAACCUUUGGCAUAUAUCAUUGAUGAUUUAUGUCUAGCCUAAUAAUGCUUUUAUGGCCUUGUGAUACUGCUUUUAUGAUUUUUGCAACUCUUAGAGAAUACUUAGUACAUACUAGGACAUUAAACUAAGUAUAUAUUGUUA